AUGGCGUUAUAAAAAAUGAAGAAGCGAGAAGAAAGCAGCAUUGUGUAGGUUAGGUGUUGCAGUACCGGAACACGUCACCUCUGCCAGCCUUUUUUAAUUUUUUUUUUACGGAUUUUGGAGAACGUGAGCGCGAAGAUCGGACGCACGCUCCGAUUCCCUUCAUUUUCUCCGUUUCAACCAAACGACUCCUCUCAACCGCUUCUUCAAGAAUUCCAGUUCCAGUUUUAGGUUCAGUUUGUAAAUGGCUAAAGUUGGAAAGCUGCGGUGCAAGUCUCAAUCUCGAGGUCAGAGGGCAACCCCUUGUCUUUUGUCUUGUGCAAGAAAAAAUCUGAAAGUUGUUGAUGUAAAGAAGAGCUCUUCUAAAGCAUCAGAAAAGCAAGAUUGGGAUGAUUCAACCUGCUCAGUCUGUAUGGAGGUCCCCCAUAAUGCUAUCCUUCUCCUAUGUUCAUCUUAUGACAAGGGUUGUCGCCCUUACAUGUGUGCUACUAGUAAUCGCUAUUCAAACUGUUUUGAACAAUACAAAAAGGCGUAUACUAAAGAAACAUCUGUUCAAAAUUUGCCGCUAGAAGCAAACAAUUCAAAUUUUGAUUUAAGCACAGGUGAAUCUAAAGACAAUGCUGAAGUUCCUCAGCUUCUUUGCCCCCUUUGUCGCCGGCAGGUGAAAGGUUGGACAGUGGUUGAAGCAGCACGAAAGUCUCUGAAUGCCAAGAAAAGAAGUUGCAUGCAAGAUGAUUGCUCCUUUGUAGGGAAUUACAAGGAGCUUAGGAAACAUGUUAGGUGUAAGCAUCCAUUUGCACGGCCACGAGAAGUGGACCCAAUAAGAGAAGAAAAAUGGAAGAGAUUUGAAUGUGAAAGAGAACGGAAUGAUGUGAUUAGCACAAUUUUAUCUUCAUCACCAGGGGCUGUGGUACUGGGGGAUUAUGUGCUGGAGCCAAAUGACCAUGCCUUUUAUAGUGACGAUGAUGAUUAUGAUUCUCAUGAGGAAUAUAUAGAGGAUGAUUUCUUCUCAGUCAGGUCCAUUGGUUUGGGGAGAACUGGCCGCUUUUUGCCAAACAUUAUGUAUAAUCAGGACCGUGCUGCUGAUUCUUUCGAUGUUGAUCGUAUUGGUUUGCAGAGUGUUGCAUCUACAGGUUCUGCUGCUGUCUCUGGGCGUGGACUCCAGAGGUUAUUGUUAGGAAGGUCUAGAAGACGACGGAGGGAUAGGAGGAUAGCAAACGCAAGAAGGUAAAUUCAAAAUCGAACUACAGAAAUGAGGAAAGAGCUGCACAUCUGCAAAUAGUAUGCCAGUGAUCUUGCAUGGCUGGUUUUGUUGCUAUGCCAGAGCAUUUUAUAAUUUAAUUGGCAGAGUAUAAUAGCAGUUCAUCUCAUCUAUAGAUUGAUAUGGUGACGUUCCUUGUUAUAGUUUUUUUUAGACUGUACAAAAGGCAAAUUUAGAGUGCUCAUUGCCUCUGAUUUCUAGGUCUAGGAGAUCCGGGUCAUUAUGAUUGUUUGAUCUCAUAGGUUGGAAUGGUUAUUAUGCGGUCAUGCAAAUCGGUGAAUUGAACAGGUGAUUAGGGAUAUAACGAAAAGGCGUCCCAAAUAAUUUUAUUUUGAACUCA